UUGACCAAAUCCUUCAGACUUCGGAGACCUCGAGUUUCAAUUAGGUUAAAAUACAAAAGUGAGUAAAUUACAUAAGCAGAAUUUUUAUGACAGAUAAGCGUCAAUUAAAGCAUGGUGGUAUUAGUCUUCCUGUGAGUUUCUUUUUGCGGUUGCGGUAAACGCAAGCUACUGGAAGCAGGGUAUACUUUUAAAAGAAAUUCGGUUGGCUCGGUGUGUCCGACAAUUGUGAGGAAAAAGCUUUGCGAGCAAAAUGUCGGUCGGCUAUGGUCAAGCUUUCGACAGUUUGGUAAUGAUCUGAUCCUUUAAUUGCGCUAUCUGGAAAACCACCAUGGGCGUGUUGCGGGCAUUUUUGGCUUGGCUACUCAGUUGGAUUCCUUGGCUGAAUCGGAAAGCGGUAGAAGACCAAAGAAAUGUUCAUCCUGCGCCAGUCCUGCUGCGAAUUAGUGAUCAGCCAACCGGAAAAUCCCUUGUCCACCAGAAUACGCCUACGGCCAACAUAAACUACGCUGACGAUGAGCCUAACACCGACGAUACGGCAACUCUUCUCGCGUCCACCACGUCUGUUGGAUUGACACGCUCCGCACAGAAUUGUUCUCCCAUGGACUUCACUCACGUCAGCAGGCCUCGUCCAGCGAAACUUCCUGCAUUUCAGAAAACUGAGUUUGUGGAGAACUGGCUGCAGAAUGAUAUUGCUAAACCGCCUAAACCGGAAGUCGGUGGUUCCAGCUUGAAUAGUGCUCGCAAGAGUUCGCGUGCAUCUAGUAAAGACAGUCACGAAUCUGGGAAUCCAGUAGCCACCGAUUAUAAAAAUGUGGAAGGAUGCCCAGCAGAUGAAAUAGGGAAAAGUAUAAUACGCCAAGCGGCUGAUGAAGCAGUCCAGCCAUCUCCAACUGCAAUCGUCACCUAUCUGUACCGCGUGUCAGUGUAUCCCAGUUUCAAGCUGCCGGUAGUCUAUUGUAUGGACCGCGGUUUCCCUCAGAAACAUAGGCUUGGUAAUGGGGAAAUUAUGCCGCCAGGGCUUGAAAUUGCCCUGCUUCAUAUGCGAGAAGGCGAAUGGUCAAAGUUUCGUAUCGCUUCAAAGCACGGAUACGGAAAAUCCGGGAAAAGAGCCUUCGAUGUAUCGUCCACAACUGUCUUGUACGUGGAAGUGGAACUACUGAAAGUCCAGGAAACUGCUAUGGCGGACAAGGUAGCCUCGGAGGAACCCUUCUUUUGGACAGAGACAUUCUCGCAAUCGGAAUUAACCAUCGCUCAACGACAGCUGUGGUCUUUGGGCAAAGUAUCCUAUGAAGAAAAAGAAUAUACACAGGCAUACGAACGCUUUUCAAAGGCGAUUGAAAUUGGAACGACAUUGAAAGUUGGAGAAAAAAGAUGAAGGGAUUUUAAGCCAACGAAAUUCUACUUUGGCUCAUUUGUAUAACAACCAGGCUCUUACAUGCCUCAUGUUAUCUAAAUGGGAUGAAGCCAUUCAGAAUGCCAAGUCAGUUUUGCAGCUGAAAGCCGACUGGAAGACGUGUCAUAAGGCUGUGCACUCUAUGGCGAAAGCAUAUUUCGAGAAAGGUGAUUCAAACCGAGCAACGGAUACCGCUCAACGGGGACUAACUUAUUAUCCUAAUUCUCCAGACCUGAAAAAAAUCAUUGAAAAGUGUCAGCACGGCACCAAAGAAUUUGAAGAGAAUCUUCGCCUGAGACUUUUGAAUGAACACCGGGAAUCGCGUAGCUUGCUUCACCAGGCGUAGUUAUGCCCGUGGACCGGAAACAAUUGACAGCAGAUACAUCUUAUUGUGAAACUAUAAAGUGCCAGUUUUCGGUACAUUUUGUGUUUAAAGGUGAUUUUCUAAUCGGUAGCAAAAGGUUUAUGGUUUGAAUUUAUUUUAAUGAACGGGUCUAUGUUUUCAUAAGGCGAUUUCUUCGUUUAUAUGUUUCGCGCAACCUUGGUUUCUGGUUUCUGGUUUCUGGUUUUGUUCCUCUUUAAAGUUGUAAAUAUACUUUUUUUUGCGUUUUUUAAGCCGUUUGUAGGAUGUAACAGGUUUCACUGAAUGCCGCGAAUU